CAAACGUGUGUGCACUCUGUGUGUGAGUCACUAUAUAAAGUUAUACACAAUAACACACAAAUCUUACGGAAUGACAAACACAACAUGUCCAGCGGAGCGACAGAUGAUAUAAUUACUCAUUAAUGUGUACAUUUAGGGUUGUUUUAAUAGGUGUUUACACCGUGUGAAGUGCACUAAGUAGGGAAGCAGCAGGUAUUUGGGACGGACCCCGAAGUGCCGACGAGCCGCUGAUCACAGAUCAGGUUCGCGGUGUAAACAAACCGGAUUAACGGGCAACUUUUCCUCACAGACGGUUGUUAAAGAACAAAAUGGCGUCCCGGUCACUGUCCUCUUCUACAGACUGGGGCUCUGACUCAGGGAGGCGCGACCCCGCGGACGAGCGCAGUGUGGAGUCCGGGACCGGCUCAGAGGCGGAAGGUACGGAGCUGGAGCACGAGUUUCAGUCCGCAGCACAGAGAGUGCGCGAGCUCGUGCAGACCGCCAGCAGGGAGGAGCUUCUUUACCUGUACGGCAGGUACAAACAGGCCACAGUUGGGAAAUGCAACACAUCCAAACCGGGGUUCUUUGAUUUCGAGGGACAGAGGAAGUGGACAGCAUGGAAGCAGUUGGGUGAUAUGAGUAAGGAGCAGGCCAUGCAGGAGUAUAUUUCAUCUGUACAGACACUCGAUCCAGAGGGAUUUAAGGGUUCGUCUGAGAGAAGGAGAGGAGAGCGCAGGACGACAUUUGGUGGAGCAGCAGUGAGCUGUUUGUACCAACAAGAGACGAUAAGGGAGGAAGAUAAGAACAUAUUUGACUACUGCAGAGAGAACAACAUCGAGCAGGUUCGCACAGCCCUCAGCACCCACAACGUCGACGUCAACACCAAGGACGAGGAGGGUCGAGCUCUGCUGCACUGGGCGUGUGACAGAGGACACAAAGAGCUGGUGACUUUUUUACUGAACAACAACGCCAACAUCAACAGCCAGGAUAAUGAAGGUCAGACUCCACUGCAUUAUGCGUCUGCGUGUGAGUUUGGUGAGAUAGUGGAGCUCCUCCUGCAGAACGGUGCUGAUCCCUCUAUUAAAGACGGAGAAGGUUCUCUCCCUGAGGAAGUGACCGAGUCCAGCUCCAUCUCAUCUCUCCUCAGGCAGUACAGUGCCCCCAAAGGAUAAUACACACACACACACACACACACACACACACACACACACACACACACACACACAUCACUCCACAGCGUCUCUCUCUAACAGUUCCUGGAGACUAUACUAUAUGUGGGUUAGGUGGUGAUAUCAGCAGGGAUGAGUGUUUAUUUAUAUUGUAGGGUUUUGGGCUCAAGGUGAAAACGCUAACUUUAGAGUUUAGUGUGUAAGAGAAUGAACCUUUACUUCUAACUCCUACAUCUGUAAUCUAAAACCUAAAUCUAACCAGUAAACACAAACCCUGUGCACUAAACCCUAAUCCCUAAUCCCUAACCCCUAAUCCCUUGCCCUAAACCCUAAUUCCUAAACCCUGUGCCCUAACCCCUAAUCCCUAAACCCUAAUCCCUAAACCCUGUGCCCUAAACCCUAAUCCCUAACCCCUAAUCCCUAACCAUGAAACACCUCCAAUGUUAAAUCUAAACUGUAACUCUUUAAACAACAUUGAGCUGACUUCCUCUUUACACCUGCACUAUGAAUUUACUUUGUGUGGCUGUGGAGUGCUCACACACACACACACACUCACACACUCGCACACACUCACACACACUCGCACUCACUCACUCACAUUCCGAUUGUAAUUAAAAAUUAGUCUCAGUCUUCCUGUACUACUAAAAUUGCUGACUCUUAAAGCAGUGUUUUUUGUACCUGUUUUGUGUGUGUGUGUGUGUGUGUGUGUGUGUGUGUGUGUGUGUGUGUGUGCAGAUUUGUUUCUGUUAUUGUAAGUUUUGUUUGCCGUUCAGUUCAUUUUGGUCACAACACAAAUACAAAUACAUCAAUAAACCCAGA